AUGAGUGAUACCCAGUUGUAUCGAGAUGCCCAAACAUGCGAGUUCAACCCAAUGUCAAGGUCUUUCGUAAGACACCUGAGCCUUCCGACCUUGACAACAUUUGACGACGAGCGGGAUGCUCUGUUCAUCACGUGCGCUCUCUCUUUGAUGCCCAAUCUAACAAAACUUGAGAUUGGCAUGGGGAGCUACUGGACAUUCCGAUGGUGCCGACCGAAUUCUCUGUGCUCUUUACAGGAACUCACCAUCACGCAGGGGUAUGUAGAUCAACCACCAGACUGCGGUGCUAUUCGUGGAUUGCUUGAAGCCGCUCCAGCCUUGGAGAAGCUCAAGUUCAAUGAAGUCAUCCAUGAGCUUCACCGAGGCACUACACCCUACCUCAGCCACACAAAUGUCAAAGAGCUCAUCUUCAACGCAUCCACUCUCCCAACAAACAAUCUGAAAACGCUGAUGAACGGUUUUCCAAGUCUGGAGACAUUCUAUUUUGGUUGGGAUUUUAUGAUGAUAUGGGCAGGCAUUAAAGGAACACGCCUCGUUGCAAAUGUCAUGACUGAAAUAGUGAUGAGGAGGAAACGUACCAUCAAACACAUGUCGCUUGACCUUAGUGGUCUGGAUAGCAGAGGGACCCAGAGACUACAAGAUCUCUCUAGAAUGUCCCUUCUCGAAACGCUUCACAUUCACGGGUCAAUGCUUCCAGGAGAGUCGGUAGACGAGCCAGGAAUUGCUUUGACUGUCUCCGAGAUUCUUCCAUCAUCAAUCAAGGUGUUUGGUAUCAUGGGAGAAGCACAAAAAUAUCUGUGGGAAGAACUGCUGGACCUAGUCACUACAUCGAGUGUGAAACAUCCACAUCUGAAGAAGGUCAUUGUCGCGAGUGGUGAUCUUGCCAACGAAGAGGGGGCCGAUUGGGUGAAAACCUUUACCUCGGCUUGUAACGAACACAACAUAGAGUUCUCCAUGGUUGAGCCGAAGCAUUGGAGGGCUCUUACCAGACCGAUGUCUCACUGGACCGAUGAUGGGAAGUUCAAGGACCACCGGUGA